UGGGGCCCCUCCAUACCAUGGGGCUGGCCAGUGCCACCGUAUUCCUGUGGGUCUGGGCUGCGCUCAGGGGCUUCGAGGUCAUGGAGAAGGAGAACAUCUUCCAGAAGACACCCUGCCCCGCCUUCCUGAUGUUCGACAACGCCGCCUACCUGGCCGACAUGAGCUUCGAGCUGCCCUGCCACUGCAAGCCUGAGCAGGUGCCCGCAGUGGUCUGGUUCCACCAGAAGCACCUGGGCAGUGGCCACACCCAGGUGCUCACGGACUUCGACGGGCGGCUGCUGACGGAGGCAGCGCAGGUGCGGGCGGGCAGCGACGUGCUGACACGCUUUGGCAUCCGCAUGUUCAGCCUGCUGGUGUUCCGCGCGCAGCCCGAGGACUCCGGCCUGUACUUCUGUGGCACCCGCCGGGGAGACUACUUCUAUGCCUACGAUGUGGACGUCCAGAGCAGCGAGGGGCUGCUGGCUGCCUUCCAGGACAGGGGCCAGGAGCCCUCUGCGGACAAGCAGCACGGGGCCCUCCGCGUCUUCACUGCCUUCUGGGAGUGGACGCCCUGCGACCGCUGCGGGAUGCGCGGUGAGCAGUGGCGCCUGGGCCUGUGCUACCUGCAGAGCCCGGACCUCCCACCGCGGUACGUGACUACCAAGACUUACCUCCUUAAUUGUAUAGUAACAAAGUGUAGAUUAAAUUUUCUUAUAUAAAGAAGUGGAUUUUCCUGGAGAAUUCUGUGGUCUAUGUGGUAUUCUGCCCGGGUGCCCGUGCAGUUCCACCAGCAGAGGCUGGGCCACGGGCUCAUCCUCUCCUGCCCCGGGGCCCGGCCUGAGCACGCGGUGGCCUGGGACAAGGACCGCCAGCCCCUGUACCACACCCAGUACCUGAAGGGCACGAACAGAUCCAUGCGGGUGUUCAUUGACCACGGCCACCAGCUGCACAUCCGCUUCGCCCAGCUGAGUGACCGUGGUACCUACUACUGCUGGCGGCAGGGCGCACAGGUGGCGGGCAUCCGGCUGGCCGUGACAUCCCGGGGGCGCUACCCACCCUCGCUCUCGGACCCCGAGACCCGCUCUGCCCUGCAGCUCGCCUUGCUCGGCUACCUGCUCAUCAUGGUCGUCUUUAUCAGUGUCCACCUCUGUCGCUGCUGCUGCUGCUUACUCCGCAGUUGUCUGGACCUUGACCCCUAGCCCCGGCCUGGGCGGGUGGGUGCCAAGGGCGGGACGUGUGGUGAGGACGCGGGCAGCCCUGUUAGUCACCGCCCUCUCCCCAGGUUCAGGGUCUGUGGGCUGAUGUGGGAUCAAGGCGAGGCAGGAUGUAUCCGGGCGAGCACGCCCAGUGUCUCGCUCGGGCGGGAGAAGGGGAAUAAACGAA